AUGUUCUUUGCUAUUGUUCAGUUGGUAUUAGAAUUAUUGGUGUUGUAUGGAAAAGCAUUCUUUAUGAUAUUGGAAGGAAUAUUCCGCCUGAUUUUUCCUGUAAGUGAAAAAUCUGUAAAAGAUGAAGUUGUUCUAAUAACCGGUGCUGGCCAUGGUAUCGGCCGCGAGCUUGCUUUACAAUUUGCUAAAAAACAAGCCAUUCUAGUGUUGUGGGAUAUUAAUGAGAAUGAAAUUCAGAAUGUGGCAGAAGAGGUUAGGAAGCUUGGAGGUGUGGCUCAUAUCUACAAGUGUGACGUAUCAGAUUUACACCAGGUGGAGUCUAUAGCGGCUCGUAUUCAGCAGGAAGUUGGUGACGUCAGUAUUUUAUUCAACAAUGCUGGUGUCGUAAAUCUGAAGCCAUUCAAUGAAUUAGAACCAGCGGAAAUUCAGAGAACUUUAUCUGUUAAUACGCUGGCUCAUUUCUGGACACUCAGGCAGUUCUUACCCCGAAUGAUAGAACUAGGACGAGGUCACGUGGUAGCAAUGAGUUCUGUAUGUGGUAUUCUUGGUGGACCCUAUACGACAGAUUACAGUGCCUCUAAGCAUGCUGUGAUUGGACUGAUGAAAGCGCUCGAAGAAGAACUCCAUUUUAUCGGGAAAGGUGACAUUAUACACUUCACAGCGAUCUGUCCCACCAUCGUCGACACAGGCUUUGUACACCAUCCUCAUACUAGGUUUCCCGAGAUUUUGCCAAUCCUACACCCGAAGAAAGUGGCUAGAGAAGCGGUAAAUGCUGUACUAACCAAUAAACGAAUCGCUGUUGUACCUUCAUGGCUUGGCUAUUUAAUUCCUAUUUUCAGACUGUUUCCAGACAAAGUCUUCAUCAUGUUUCAACGAUUCCUUGACCAAGCUGCUAAUCCAAACGAUAGCUUGCGUGCGAAAGUUCACUAGGAUACAGAGGACGGCUUUUAAAUUUUUUAUUGUUAUCUGAGUAGUCCAGUUUGUUGGGGGGAAGA